AAAAACCGACAAUUCCAGUUGCCCAUCUCUCCAACCAACCAACAAAAAGAAGCGGAGUGUUGGGAAAAAUAUGUUCCUCCAAACGUCGUCCUAUCUCCAUUAACACUGUAGUCGUCCCUGAUUCAUGAUUCCUCUUCACAAUGCAAAUCACUACACUCUUCUCUCUCUCUCUCUCUACAUUUAUAUAUACAUAUAUGUGUGUAUUUGUGUGUGAGUAAAGAAUACUAUAAAUAUUGAAGGCCCGGAGAAGAGCUUGAGCGUGUUGUUUUGUUGAUCCCUUGAGCUUUUUCACCUUUCAGAUUAUUAAACGCAACUCCAAAUUCGUGUCAUCAGCUUAGUUGCUUCAAAAGUUGAAGACCCUUUAAUCUAAUGCUGAGUAUGAGCUUCUUCCGCCCGCUUCAUUUCUACACAUAGUACACGCACUGCGGACAGUACACAAGAACCACGCGGAUAUUUAUAUUUACGGGGUGCGGGGAAAUUACGGUUGAUAAUCCAAGAUGUUUGAUCUCAAUCUGAGCGUAGAUUGCAAUGGGAAGGCGAUGUUGAAGACGGAUCACUCGGAGGGACAGUCUCCGGAGACGUCGCUUUCGUCGGUGGUGAACGGCACCGGGGAGACCAGCUCCAGCAACGACGACACGUGCUCCACACGCGCCGCCUCCCCCAUCCACGGCGGCGGCGACAGCGCCGCCUUCACAUUCAACUUCGACAUCCUCGCCAACACCAGCAAUUCCGGGAACGAUGAUCCGGUCGACAAGGGCGAUAGCGGGUUGACUUUGGCCGAGUCGCGUCUGGUGACUCGGGAGCUGUUUCCGGUGAGCCGACUCGGCGAGUUGAAUCUUGGGAGGCAGAUCACUGAACCAGCGAAUCUCCGGUUCGAUCAUGGCCUGCCGACGACGGCGGUGCAACAACAGAAGCAGGAGGUACAACAAGUGCAAGCGAGGAAGAGCCGCCGAGGACCCAGGUCGAGAAGCUCCCAGUACAGAGGAGUUACUUUCUACAGAAGAACCGGCCGGUGGGAGUCCCAUAUAUGGGACUGUGGUAAACAAGUCUAUUUGGGUGGAUUUGACACUGCUCUUGCUGCAGCUAGAGCGUACGAUAGAGCUGCAAUAAAAUUCCGGGGUGUUGAUGCUGAUAUUAACUUCAACCUCAGUGACUACGAGGAGGAUAUGAAACAGACCAAGAAUCUGACGAAGGAGGAAUUUGUGCAUAUAUUGCGUCGGCAGAGCACCGGAUUCUCGAGAGGGAGCUCGAAAUACAGAGGAGUGACGCUCCACAAGUGCGGUCGUUGGGAGGCUCGAAUGGGGCAGUUCCUUGGAAAGAAGUAUAUGUAUCUUGGGCUAUUCGACACUGAAGUAGAGGCUGCAAGGGCGUAUGAUAAGGCAGCCAUCAAGUGUAACGGGAGGGACGCCGUCACCAACUUUGAGCCCAGCACGUAUGACGGGGAGAUGAUCCCGAAACCUGGGAAUGAAGCUGGUAGCCGAGAUGAUCUUGAUUUGAAUUUGGGGAUGUCGACCUCUUCUCCUAAGGAGAGUGAAAACCUGGGGUCUUUUCAGUUCCCGCCUUACAACGUUCAAAACUCAAGAAUGUUGAAGCUACAUAUGCAAAAUUCUGGUAAUCCACCACUCAACGGACCUCCGGUAGCAUUGGAACAUCCUAGGUUGUUGACCGGUGUAAAUGAUAAAUUUGUUCCCAACUAUGAGGAAAGGACCAGCCAGCAAAGAACCGGUUUGGUUUCUGGACAAGAAGUGGGUAACUGGGCAUGGCAAAUGCACGACAGGGCUCGUGCUAUCCCAAACGCAACGUUGUCCACUGCAGCAUCAUCAGGAUUCUCAUCAACGGCUACUAACUCUGAUUCUUCAUAUCAGACGACGGCCCUCAAUCUCCGCUUCUUGUCCUCGUACCCCCAUGCGUCCAUAAACGCUUCUCAGUAUUACUCUCAUCAUAUCACACCCUCCUUCCCACACCCUUAAAGCACCGUCGGCUUAAAUGGGAUACGUCGAAGCAGGAAUUAUUCUUUUCUAUUUUAUAUUUGGUUAUUCUUUUCUUGGCGGGAGAAGUUCUUCUUUUUCUUUUUGAUGAUGUAUACAGAAAAUUGGUAUUUAUUGGUAGUGAUUUUGGAGGAGGAUUCAGUUAUGAAGAGGCAAAAAGUCUUCUAAAAUUUCAUAUUGAAUUCUAGGAAUUGUUGCUGUUAUUAGGAAAUCUCUUCACAGACUCUGCUUAAGUGUGUUGGGAUUUAGACAACAUUGGAGGGCCUUAUUGUCUCUCUGUAUUCACAUUUAUUAUGUGAAUUUACUAAAUGUAAUUUCAAAAAAUGUGUUUAAUUCAGGUUAUAAAAGAUUAUAAAUAGGUUAAA